AUGUCCACACAAGUAGCUUCCAAAAUUAGGCGAUCCUCUAGCCUAAUAGUACUGGCCAAAGAUCAUGUAGUGGCUAGACAACCAUAUGACUACAAUGCCCUGCUUCUUACCCGUAACUCAAAAUCCAGUUUUAUGCCCGACUCUUCUGUCUUUCCUGGUGGAGUUUGUGAUGCUGCGGAUAGUUCACCUGCUUGGGAACAACAUUUCCGUCGUUAUGAUGUUGUCGCAGAUAAAUUUGAUAAAUUUGGAAAUGCUACGUCGGCCCCCAGGCCGCUUCUUUUUGAAGGAGAAACUAGUCCAUUGUCUCUGCGUCUCACAGCCAUCCGUGAAACCUUUGAGGAAAUGGGCAUCUUACUAUGCCGAGACCGCAAAUCGUUGACAUCCCUUGGAGAUUUUGCCAAAUUCUAUGAACAAUUCGAUCGUCCCCAUUGGCAGCACGUGGUCCAUAAUGAUGCCAAUAAAUUUCUAGAGCUUUGUCAGUUUUUGGGUGUUUUACCUGAUAUUUGGUCACUGCAUGAAUGGUCAGCAUGGAGGACACCAUCGACAUUUAAAAAACGUUUUGAGACCGCCUUCUUCUUGACUGCCUUGGACACAAAACCCAAUUUGAAUAUAGAACCCAAUGAAGUGAAAGAUUGUGCAUGGCGUUCUCCAUUGGACUAUGUCAAAUUGGCAUUGGAUAAACAAAUUUGGCUACCUCCUCCACAAUUUUACGAGCUAUCGCGAUGUCUAAAUUUUAAAAGUCUGACUUCACUCUACGAUUUUGCUAAACAGAGGUCAGACAAGGGAUUAAUUUUAUUUCAUCCGGUUAUGUUCAAGUGCUUGGAUGGUUCGGUUCAUCUUUUACCCGGAGAUGAUGUCUAUCCCAGUGAUCCUGAUGCCUGUCCAGAUAAAAUUGAAACAGGUCUUUCUAUGAAAGAUUUUCGAGCCUUAGCCACAAAGAAUUUACAUCGCUCUGAGCACAAAAAUCAGCAUCAAUCUGAAUUAUUAAUCAAUUUUAACCCUGCGGAUGGCCAGGUGAAUCCUCUGGAUGCUACAACUCUCUGAGGUUAAAUGCAUUUAUUUAGUUUUUAAGUCGAAAAGAGCAAUAUAACAAAUGUUUCAGAGGAUUUGUAGUUUCCAUAUUAAUAGUUCUCUGUUUGUAAAUAAUUCUUACAAUUAGAAAAAGAAAUGCUAAGACUUA